ACUGUGAUAAGACGUAAAACAAUUGCAUGGAAGUGACAGUUAUUCUGUAAUUAUUCCAGUGAUGAUUGAGACAUAGUCGGUGAGACGCUAAAAUGCCUAUAAAGUCAAUAUUUCCCGCGAUUGCCCUAUUUUUCUGUGGAGUGUCUGUGGUGGCGGAUAAUUUAGUUUGCACAGAUGCCUUUUGUCAGCGAUUCAAAGAGCAGACAGGAUGCCCCGUAAUUUCUUUGCCAUGUAGAAUACAGAAUUCCACACACAAUGGACGUAUCUUCCCAUCCCCAGUACCUUGCAAUUGCUGUGAAACUUGCAUAGAAAAUUUUGAAUUGGAGGAUGACUGUACUGUUGGAUCUCCAGGAUCUCCAAUUCCUCAUGGAAGAUGCGGGGAUGGAUUGACUUGUGCAGCUCAGGAAGAUGAUGAGCAUACAAUUUGUCAAUUGAUGUCUGGAACUAAUUGUUUAAAAGACCAAGAAUCUUAUGAUACUGAUAAGGAUAAGGGAACUGCCGGUCAUUUGGCUCAGAGAACUCUUUGCGAUGCUGAUGGAGACUAUUCACCGAUAAAAUGUAUCCCUGGACAAAUAUGCUAUUGUGUAGAUACCGAAGGUCGUCGAAUAUUCGGCGAAGCUUUGAAUAUUCGUGGGAUUGGGAUUCUUAUGAAAUGUGAAUGUUCUCGCCAAGAAUCCUCCUUAGGAAGAGUUUUAGAGACUGACAUGAGGGUACCUUUUGUUCGAUGCAACGAGAUGGGAUCUUUCGAUCAACUUCAAUGUAUCAAAGAUCAGUGCCUCUGCGUGGACAUUCAUUCAGGAUUCCCAACAUCAGAUGUAGUUAAUAUAACAUCUCAAGGAUUGCAGACUCUUCCGUGCUUUAAUGAAUCAGGAUACAACAAUGAUUCUUACCAUCGGGAAUGUGAAGAAAAGAAAUCAAUCUUAGUGCAAACAUUGUACAAUAGAGCCAGAAUAGGACUGUAUGCUUCUAAUGAUACUGAAAUUUAUGAAUUCUGUCAACCUGAUGGAUACUACGCUAGAAUUCAACAAAAUGACACUCAUAAAUUUUGCUCUGAUAAAUUUGGAAAUCGAAUUGCAAAUUACGCUGCUAUUCUAGGAAGCCCUGAAGCUGAUACAAUGACUUGCAAUUGUGCUAGAGUUGAACUGCUACUAAAGGAAAAGGAAGCCUAUGAGAUACCUGUUUGUUGUUCCAAUGGUAAUUAUCCAAAAGUCUCCUGCAGAAGAGGAUUGUGCUUUUGUACAGAUGAAAAUGGAAAUCAAACAAGUAUGGAAGUUCCUCAUGAAGAAAUUAAAACUUUGGAUUGUUACAGUGGAAAAAACUUUUGUUAAAUAAAAGAUAAUUUUAUUCAAAUUCUUAUAAACCCAUAAA